CCAAUGCCUUUAUAUAAACCAAACACCUGCAGAAAACAUCAGCAGUGACAUCAGGAGCUAAACUUGGAUUGUAUUUUCAUCCAUAUAUUGUUCAUUGAACUUAAGGAGCCAGUGUAGUCAAGUUUCUUUGUAUAGCACGUCUCAGCAGCAAGGCAGUUCAAGGUGCUUCACAUAAUAAAAUCGGAAAGUUACCAAGUUAUAAAGAAGACACCAUCAACAAUUGAACAGACUUUAAUAUUUCGAUGUCUAUCGCUAAAUACUGCUUCUCCAUGUUUGGUUCUGGUCCUGGUGAAGCAGAGCAGACUUCACCAGGACUCAACAACAGUGACUCCAUAGAGCAGCAAUUCAGUACAGCAAGAGCUCAGUACUCAAAUUGUAUUUCCUGAGAAUCACCACGAAGUACAGUCUCUACUGUGCCCUCUUUAGGAUGGAUAUCGUCAGGUUAGGUCUUCAGAAGACUUGAUAUGAACAAUGUAAAGUCUACACAAUGCUAUUUAUUCCUUCUGACCAACUAAACAGAUUUUUUUAGUCAUGAUUAGUAGGAAAUAUAUCAAGUUAAUAACAACGUCAUUUUUUUAUUCAAUUCAGUUGUUUAAAUCUUUGCAUCUGGUCAAGUACUAUUCAGCAGCAACAAAACAAACUGAAUGCAAAAUGCCUGGACAACUGUAUCCACAUUUCUAGGGAUGCUUUGAAAUUUGCUGACCUGGUCUGAUUGAAUUUGUCCAGGUAAAAAUAAAUAAAUAAAUUACAAAUUAGAUGGUCAGUGAUAUCAAUUUAAAUAGUAGUUUAUUUGAUUUGGGGGUUAUUUUUGAUAUCAAGUCCGGAGAUUGGAUUGUAAAAUGUAACUUGAAUGCACCAUGGUGUUAAAAAGUAACCGUAAAAUACCGCGAAGAAGCGCAAAUGGUUUUGGAAACAUCUCGACGCUUGAUGCGACACUACACCGGCUGUCACGUAACAGCAAAGCAGUCAAGGUUACCGGUCGAGUUUCAGUGUACACAUGGCUUGAUCACUCGACAAGAUGCAUAUCGUGGACUUCGUGUCCGGAUCUGUUGCAGGGGCAUGUGGGGUCACUGUGGGCUUCCCUCUGGACACUGUGAAGGUCAGAAUCCAAACCCAGAAACAGUUCACAGGAGUGUAUCAGUGUGUAUUGGAGACCAUAUCAAAAGAAGGGGUGCACGGCUUCUUCAAAGGCAUGUUGCUUCCCCUGACCACAGUCUCGCUGACGUCCUCAGUGGUGUUUGGCACCUACAGGAACUGCCUGCAGUGCAUGAAGCAGGCAAGGGGAGCUGAAUGGAGUCCAAACACCAAACUGGAAAUCUUCUUGGCUGGGAUGGUUGGCGGUGUAGCUCAGACGUCAGUCAUGUCUCCAGGUGAUAUAGUGAAAGUACGUCUACAGUGUCAGACAGAGUCGACGCGGGAAGGAGCCAACAAGCUCCGACCAAAAUACCGCGGCCCGGUUCACUGCCUGCUGAGCAUCGUCAAAGAAGAGGGCCUCAAGGGGCUCUACAGAGGAACUCUGCCGCUCAUGCUGAGAGACGGCCCGUCGUACGCCACCUACUUUUUGACUUAUGCGACCGUCUCUGAGUGGAUGUCAGGCGGCAGCAAUAAGAAAUUACACUGGACUGGUGUGAUGCUGGCUGGAGGAGUGGCAGGAAUGGCAGGAUGGUCUGUCGGAACGCCCAUGGAUGUGAUAAAAGCUCGUCUGCAGAUGGACGGAGUGCGAGGGCCGAAGCAGUACAAGGGCUUCUUCCACUGCAUCGUGGAGACGGCGAGAACCGAGGGAGCUGCGGUUUUCUUCAAGAGCUUGGGCAUCAACUGCCUGCGUGCAUUCCCAGUGAACAUGGUGGUGUUUUUCACGUACGAGGUUCUCACUGGUUUUCUUCGGACUGGACCGGAAAGUGUCAACUCGCCUCAUGUAAGGCUGGAAUAGGAAAACCUCCUUUUGAUCCAGUGCUCAAUAUUUAGUUUUCCACGAGUGACUGUCUCCCCAAUGAUCACUAAAACUGUUACAUAUCAUCCUUUCAACAACAACAACAAAAAACAUCAGUUAAUGUGUUUUUGGGAAAUUCCAUCAGUGUAGUGUUGCUGUUGACAGAGUGUAUGUGUCUCCGUCUGGCCACUAGAUGGCACCCUCGGCCUGAUUGUUACGACAUAUUCUUUUGCUUUAUGCCUGCAGAGCAUCACAUGUUCUCAAUCUUCCACAACCUGAGACAUAUUUAACUUCAUUCACAACCAUUAAGUGACUUGAAUCAGCUGUCGUUGUUUGGACAGUAUUAGACAUCCGUCCCUAAACAGGCCCUAUGCUUUACUGUUUACUGUUUCGCAAACAAAAUGUUACAAGUGACUCAGACAUAUUCAAACUGGGUGUAAUAAAUUGAACUACAUUAAAAUUAGGAGCGUAUAUUCUACUUUAACAGCAAAUCUUUACUCUUUUUUAAGCCUAAUAAGGAAAUCUGCGGUGUAAUCAAUGGAUUAAACUCAUGUAUUAAUAUUUUCAUUAGUAAUAUAUUAUUUGGUGUAAGGGAAUGGACUCUGUUACAAAGGUAGGGGCAAGCCAGGGUUCUUUAAAUGUUGGAAAUGUGUAACUUGUUAUUUAUUUUUUAUUACUACAAUGAAUGUUGAUUUUGUCUUGUGCAAUAAAGCUUGACAAUACUUUGCGAACCUCUUUAUUAAUGCAUCGGAAGAAUGCAUUGAAGUUUUACACUUCAUUCAAAAUGUCAGCAAGCAGCAAUUGAAAUAUUUAGCAGGGAAACACUUAGUUUGUCUUUGGAGAUUCUGCAGUUAUGAAUAUCAAAUAUGUUGCAGUCAGAAGAUAAAAGGAGAGGCAGCUGAGCCACGCCAACACACAAUUAGUAACCAUGAUGGAAAGAAAUGCGACUGAAGUGCGUUUUUCCAGGUUGCAUGCUUUCAUUUUAUUCUACAGCAUAGUUAAUACAUUUAUGAAGGAUUUUUGCUUUGUUAAUUGCAUAUCAAACUAGUGAUCUUUCUUCUUAUGCCACAUGUCUUGUCUGAAGAAACAUUUAAGAUGUCUGUUAGUUGUAACAAGCCUGCCACUGAGCUUCAGAUAUGGAUUAACUUUAUCCGGCUUUUUGAAUAAAAUAGUUCACUAAAAAUAGCACA